AUGGGAAAGGCAAAUAUAUCAACCUGUAAGAUCUGUAAUAAUGGAUCACAUCCGAUAAAUUAUUGCAAAACAUUCUUGCAAUCAACACCACAAUGUCGUAUCAAGACAGUACAAAAACUUAGACUGUGCUUGAACUGCUUACGUACAGGCCAUAGGGCAGCAGAAUGCAAAAGUUCCCGCUGCAACAAGUGCAGCAAGAACCACAAUUCGUUAUUGCACUUAUCAGAGUCUUUCAAGACAACACACAAACCGAUCAAUGUCAAUGUUCUACUGUGUCUGGACACUUCUGGUUGGUCAAUUCCUCAGAAUAUAAAAUUGGCUGAUCCAGACUUCGCGAAUCCAAAUCAAAUUGACCUAUUAAUUGGAGCAGAAUUCUAUCACAGCUUGUUAUCGAUUGGUCAAAUCAAAAUAGGUGAGGGUCUACCUACACUUCAGAACACGAUUUUCGGAUGGAUAUGCAGUGGCAAGGUUAGCAACGGUAAUCAAAAAUUACUUACCUGUGGCAUGUGCAGCGAAACUGACGACGAAGUAUUGGAUAAUAUACUUACUAAAUUCUGGCAAUUGGAAGAAAUCAAUCAAACGGAUGACAAAUUCACUCAUGCAGAAAAGAAAUGUAAAGAAUCUUUUGCUCAAAUUACUCACCACAAUCAUGAAGGGCGAUUUGUCGUGAAACUACCAUUUAAGGAGGAUACAACUGUUCUUGGUGAAUCCAUGCAGAUGUCGAUGAAUCGGUUUUUUAGCCAUGAACGUCGGCUGUUGAAGAAUUCUGAACUAAAGAAGAUGUACGUUGACUUCAUGCGAGAGUACGAACAUCUCGGCCACAUGGAAAAAAUCAAUCAGGAUGAUAUAAUGCAUCCACAUUACAUUUUGCCACAUUAUUGUGUAAUCAAGGCAGAUAGUACUACAACAAAGCUUCGAGUGGUGUUUGAUGCAUCUGCAAAAACAUCAACCGGAGUCUUACUCAAUGAUAUAAUGCAUAAUGGUCCAGUUGUGCAGAACGAACUCUUAUCCAUUUUUCUGCGUUUCAGAAAACCACGCUUCGUUUUUACAACAGAUAUUCAAAAGAUGUAUCGGCAGAUACUAAUUGAUCCAAGAGAUGAAUAUCUUCAAAUCAUUAUCUGGCGAGAGUCACCAGAAGAAAACUUGUGCUAUUACAAAUUAAAAACGGUAACGUAUGGCACAAGAGCAACGCCGUAUCUGGCAACUAAGUGUCUACAUACCCUGGCCAGAGAGCAUACCGUUAAAUUUCCUCUCGGUUCCGCUACACUCAGCAAGCAUUUUUAUGGCAAUGACGGUAUAAGUGGCUCAGACAGUCUCAUGGAGACAAUUGCAACAAAGGAUCAACUUAUUAAAAUAUUGGCGACAGCUGGUUUCAAACCUCGCAAGUGGUGCGCAAAUAAUGCCCAAUUACUUCAAGGACUCACUCCAGAAGAUCAAGAAGUGGAUCUCAAUGUCAUCAGUGAGUCACAUAAGACAGUAAAAACUCUAGGCCUUAUCUGGCUACCAAAAUCUGAUCAAUUUUUAAUAAAAACUAACGGACCUACACACAGCAAAAUAAUAAAGAGGACCGUAAGUUCCGAGUUGGCGCACAUUUUUAAUCUACUUGGAUUAAUGGCUCCCGUAGUAGUGAAGGCGAAAAUAUUUGUUCAAAAAUUGUGGCAGUUAAAACUUUCCUGGGAUGAAGCUCUGCCUGCUGAAAUGCAUACUCAAUGGACCCAUUUUCGACAGAGCUUAUGUGAAGUAAACAAUGUAAAGAUAAAUGCGGUUAUUUUUGUUUUUUAA